UUACCAAGGACGUGUUUUUAAAGCAGCUCUUGGUAAAUGUAUUUUGAAGUUUGGGGUUAGGGAAGAGUUAUACGAAGGCUAACUAGAUCUAAAUUUAUUUUAAAAUCGUUUAGAGUUAAAAGCGUUUAUUUCGCUGGGUUUGAACAAAGGGGGGAUUUAGCCUGAAGAAACAUGCCCGAAGACAAAGUUAACAACAUUACACUGGUGACAUGCACGGCGCCGGUGAACAUCGCUGUCAUUAAAUACUGGGGCAAGAGGGAUGAAGAUUUGAUUCUGCCAAUCAAUUCGUCUCUUAGUGUCACGUUGCAUCAAGAUCAGCUGAAGACAACCACUACAGUCGCGUGCAGCAGCAGUUUUAAGGAGGAUCGGAUAUGGCUGAAUGGGAAGCAAGAUGAUAUCAACCAGCCCAGAUUACAGUCCUGUCUCCGAGAACUCCGACGGCUUGCACGGAAGAGACGGUGUGACGGAGACCCCGGCACAGACGCGCUCGCCUAUUCCCACAAAGUCCACAUCUGCUCGGUCAACAACUUCCCCACGGCAGCAGGCCUGGCCUCCUCCGCGGCUGGAUACGCCUGCCUGGUGUACACGUUGUCUCGGCUGCUGGGCGUGGAGGGGGAGCUGUCGGAGGUGGCGCGGCAGGGCUCGGGCAGUGCCUGUCGGAGCAUGUACGGGGGCUUCGUGCAGUGGUGUAAGGGCGACCAGGACGACGGGAAGGACAGCGUGGCAGAGCAGGUGGAGGCAGAGUCUCACUGGCCCCAGCUCAGAGUCCUCAUCCUAGUGGUGAGUGCAGAACGUAAGCCGGUGGGAAGCACUGCAGGUAUGCAGACCAGCGUGGAGACCAGCCCUCUGCUGAAGCACCGGGCGGACUCCGUGGUCCCAGGGAGGAUGGAGGAGAUGAUCGCUGCGAUCCGGCGGCGGGACUUUGCGGCCUUCGGGGAGCUGACCAUGAAGGACAGUAACCAGUUCCACGCGACCUGCAUGGACACCUACCCCCCCAUCUUCUACCUCAGCGACGUGUCCCGCAGCGUCAUCAGCCUCGCUCACCGUUACAACCAGCAUUACGGGGAGACCCGGGUGGCGUACACCUUUGAUGCAGGUCCAAACGCAGUGAUCUACACUCUGGACAAGCACCUGGCCGAGUUUGUCCAGGUGGUCAGGCACUACUUCCCUCCAGAAACCAACGGUGGACAGUUCUUAAGAGGCCUGCCUGUGAGCCCUGUGGUGUUGUCAGAGGAACUGACCAGCUCGAUCGGCAUGACUCCCGUUUCCAAGGGGAUCAGCUACAUCAUCAGCACUAAGGCUGGCCCAGGCCCACAGCUGGUGGAGGACCCCAGCCUUCACCUGCUCGGAUCUGAUGGGCUACCCAAGAAGAGUGCUUGAGGAAGCUUUGUCUCUGUAAAAUAAUACUUUUUUAUUUUAGAAUUGACCCCCUCUGAACAGGAAAAAUACACUUCUAAAUGAAGAGUAACAAAUGAGCAAAAAGAGACGUUUGUCUACAUUCAUUUGUUUCAGGUGCUGCUGUAAUUCAAUGCUGUUUGUAUUCCUUUCGGGCAUAUACAUAACAAUUGUAAAAAUCUUCAUAAAAUUAUUUUGGAAUUAUCUACCUUGUUCUAUUUUGACAAAUAUUUUACUAAAAGCAUGCCAGGUUAAAGAUGUAAUAAUCUUUCAAUUGUAAUUUUAAUAAAUACAUCUAUUCCAUUGUA